GAGAGCCAGCGAGAUGAGAAGUUGGAGCUGGACGAGCAUUAUUCCCACGGCCCGAGGAAUCGAUUUCGAGGAGCUGGAGCAUUUGUGUCGAUGGCUUCGUUCAAAGCAUCGCUUCUGCUGAAGCACAAGCUCCCUGCCGCUACAAUCUCGUCGUCCGCAGCUUCGAGGCUCCCCGUCGUCGCUGCUGCUGCUGCAAGAGCAGGCUGCGUCUCGCACGAGAAGCCCGAGAAGGCGAUCGAGAGCGCGCGGAGGAUCAGCAGCAGCAGCAGCAGCAGAAUUGCGACCUUCUGCGGAGCUCCUGCACCGGAAUUCGUGGCGAAUUCAACUUGGGCCUCGACGGCGACGACGCCUCCGGCGUUCGUGCAGCAGCUGAGCUCGAGAGCGCACGGAGCGCUGGGCGUGCAGUCGAUCUUCUCACCGGAGGUCGGCCCCGAUCCGUCCGAGGCGCCGGCGCCCGCCAUAACCCCGUCUCCGCCCGAGUUUGCGCCCACUCCUGCCCCGAGCACGAACCCGAGCUCGACGCCUCUGGAGGUUCCGACCACAAGCCCAGCCCCGGAGUUUGCCCCUUCCAUCGUGCCGGACCUGCCCGCGCCUCCUCCGUCUCCCCCGGUCGAGAUUCCCACCUCGACGCCCGCCGAGUCCCCGACGCCACAAGCGCCUCAGGAGGUGCCUACUCCAGCCCCCGGGCGAGCCCCCGCCGAAGCCCCGAUGCAGUCCCCGUCCGCCUCCGCGUCCGCUGUCCCGCGAGGGCCUCCGAUUUCGCCCCCCAACGUUUCCCCCAUCAUGCCCCCGGGGGCUCCCGAGCCGAUCCCCCCUCCCAACAUGCCUCCCAUCCCGCCCCCGGGCACUGCCCCGCCCAUCCCCCCGCCCAACUCGCCCCCGAUCCCCCCGGGCUACCCAGGCCCCCUGCCUCCCCCCACGCAGCCCCCGAGCUCGCCGCCUCCUUUCCCCGGCCCCGGGAUCCCCAACACUCCCGGCCCGUCUCCCCCCGGCCCCGACACCGUGCCGCCUUCCAUCAUCGCCUCCAAGGACGAUCGCGUUCUUCUGGCCUAGCCUCGAAGCGAAGCCCGAGCUCGCGCUCUGUGUAAUAUUAUUUUUUUGUUCGACUCGCGAAUGCUUUUGUACAGAUUAGAUUGUAUUCUGAUUAGUGCAGGCUUGGUGCACUGCCGAUAGAUGUCGGACGAGGCCCUAGGGGUUAGUUUCAGGCGGAGCAGCGUCCUUGAAGCAGUCGAUUUGCCAGUCCUCUCUUCUCUUCUCGAGAGCUAGCGACUGACGCAUGCUUCGACGACGAUGCACUGUCUGCUUUGUACCGUGAAUUGAGUGUCCGUGUCGUUGUACAAUUUGACAACUCGAUGUAAUUGCUUACUUCUUUCCGGA